AUGCAGCCAACUGCUGCAGACAGCCAGCAACGCCAGAAAAGGCUUGACGAUGAGGGGUCCCAAGACUCGGGCUCCGAGGAGCGCCGGGGGCCCCAAGGCCCCCACCGGCCCCAGGGCCCCCCCCACGGACCCCAAGGCCCCCACCGGCCCCAGGGGCCCCCCCACGGACCCCAAGGCCCUCAGCGGCCCCAGGACCCCCAGGACCCCCAGGGCCCCCACGGACCCCAGGGGCCCCACGGCCCCCAAGGCGCCCAGCGGCCCGAGGACUCCCACGGACCCCAGAAGCCCCAGGAAUCCCAGGGGCUGCAGGGGCCCCAUGACCCUCGGGGCACCCAGGGCACCCAGGGCACCCAGGGUCUGCAGGUGUCCCAGGACCGCCAAGGCCCCCAGGAGACCCAGGACCCCCGAGGCCCCCAAGGCCCCCAUCGGCCCCAGGACCCCCACGGCCCCCAGGGCUCCCACUCGCCCCAGUACCCCCACGGUUCCCAGGGGCUCCACGGCCCCCAAGGCGCCCAGCGUCCCCAGGACCCCCAGGGCCCCCAAGGCCCCCACCGGCCCCAGGACCCCCUCGGUUCCCAGGGGCCCCACGGCACCCAAGGCGCCCAGCGUCCCCAGGACUCCCGCGGCCCCCACGGCCCCCAGAAGCCCCAGGACCCCCAGGGGCUGCAGAAGGGCCCUCAGGACCCCCACGGUCCCCAGGGGCUGGAGGUGCCCCGUGACCCUCAGGGCACUCAGGACCCCCAGGGUCCCAAGGGGCUCCAGGACAACCAGGGCCCCCAGAAAUUCCAGGGGCCCCAUGACAUCGCGGGACCCCCUGGGCCCGCGGACCCUCAGGGCCCCCAGAGCCCUGAGCAUUCCCAUGACAAUCAGGGCUCUAAAGACCUCCAGGGGUCCCAGGACCAUCAAGACCCCCAACCCCCCCUGGGGCCCGAGGGCCUCCAGGGGUCCAAGGAUAUCCAGGGGCCUGAGGUCCCCCAUGCUGCUCCCCAGGUUCCCCAGGAAUCCCAGGGCCCCGACGACUCCCAGGGGCCCCAGGGGCCCCAGGGGCCCCUGGGACCUCAGGGCCCCCAAGGACCCCAAGGCCCCCAGGGGCCCGAAGGGCCCGGUGGGCCCAGUGGGCCCGAUGGCCCCGAUGGGCCGGAGGAAUCUCAAGACAAUGAGGGGGCUGAGGGGUCGCCAGAUGACCCCGAGAGCCCCGGGGAUGCAGCACAGGAGCAGGAGGAGGCGUCGCCGGGUUCGACGAAGCAAGGAAGCCCCCAGGGUAGUGUGCAUGCAGAGAGUGGUAGUGAAGAGAAAGAAAAAGAUGUAGGGUUUAGUUGCUCAUUCGUUGUUUCCCUUCGCUUGUGUCUGCAGGAAACUCUCGUAAUGCUGGGGCUUCAACUUAUCCGGAGAACAUCAACCUUGCGGUUUGAGUAUAAGGGUGUGCCGUUAGAGUCUCACUUGAUUUUAUAUCCUUUCCCCCCUGAAGACCUAACUACAGAGGAGGUUGAAGAGGUUCUGAAUAACAUUGAGCGGCAGCUAAACGAAUUCGUUGCCAAGGACCCCUAUGAAAGAAGCAGGUCGGCCUUCAGUGUUUUUGGCCCGCGCGGUUCUUGCGACCGGAUUGAUAUUUCUCAGGAUAAGCGUCAGGUGGAGAAGGGGCUGUACACCCUAAACCCUCGACCCUAA